UUCGUACUUAUCUUCUUCAAGACGGCAUCAAGGGAGACACGGUUCAUCAUGAAAUUCGUUGUAGCUACUUUCCUCUGCCUCAUCGCCGUCGUUCACUGCGAGAUCGACUACAAGAUCGAAGAUGACGGAAAGUACAGCUUCAAGUACAACACGGAAGACGCAGGUUCCCACCAGAGAGAGGAAUCCUCCAAUGGGGAUGGAAUAGUAUCCGGCAGCUUCAGCUACCUGGAUGCCAACGGUGACCUGCGUAAGACCACCUACACAGCCGGAAAAGACGGAUUCCAACCAUCCGGGGACAUCGGAGUAGACAAGAAGACUGCUGAAAAAGCUGCUGAGUUAGCAGCCCUCGCACCCAAAGCACCUGUUGAGGAGAAGACCGAAGUCAAUUUGCAUUCCUCACCUUUCACGCUGCCCUUCUAUGCCCUGCCAGGACUCCACGCUCCUGUCUAUACAUCUCACCAUCAUUACCCCUAUGCCAUUCCCUCUCCCUUACAUCACCCUUUCAGUUAUGUUCACUACGCUCAUUGGUAAAACAAUGGGAUUUUUCGAACUGAAAUUGCCUUGUGAUUCACAUUGUGUCUUGUAAUAAAUGUUCUAAAAGUCGA